UAUUCCCCAAGGGGUUCAACAGGACAUAUACUCCGAAGUCCACAACAGACCAAAGAAAAUACCGCUAACAAACGCCAGCCUGUGUGUGGAUUUGACGAUGGACGGCAUAAAUAUUACGCACGGAUCCGUGCGCAUAAACGAGACGCACCGGGGAAUCGCUUUACCCAUCUUUAUGUUUGCUGGAGGUGCUAUUGGGAAUAUAGUUGCGAUAAUCGUUCUUUCAGUAUCAAGACAGGAGAGGAAAUCUUCAGCUUUCUACACUCUGGUGUGCGGUCUGGCAGUGACGGACCUGCUGGGCACAUGUCUGGCUAGUCCGUUCACCAUUGCCAACUACCUGGACCCGCAUGUGCUGACGAACGACCACCUCUGCGAGUUUGACUCCUUUUUGUUGCUGUUUUUUUGUGUAACCGGUCUCAGCAUCAUAUGCGCCAUGGCUGCCGAGAGGUACCUGGCUAUAUGCUGCCCCUACACCUAUCAGCGGUGGGGGGUGGACCGACGCUUUGCUCAAAAGUUUCUUCUCGGCAUUUAUAUCAGUAACACCCUCUUCUGCUGCCUCCCGAUGAUGGGCAUGUCGAAGAGCCAGCUGCAGCCAUCCGGCACCUGGUGCUUCAUCGACUGGCGUGCGCAAGAGCCAGUGGCCGCAAUUUACUCCAUCCUGUACGGCGUGGUCAGCGUGCUGCUCAUCCUGGGAACCAUCGUGCUGAACCUCGCGGUGUGCGCCGCGCUGCUGCUGAUGCGCCAGAGGACCGUGCAGCGGCCCGUCACCAGAGCCAGCGUCAGGGAGCGAUGGAGGGCAUUGUCCUCCGCCGCAGAGACCCAAAUGAUGACGGUGCUGUUGAUGACCUCCGCGGUGGUUCUGGCCUGCUCAGCCCCACUAGUGGUCCGAGUGUUUGCCAACCAGUUCAUGAUGAAAAACUCUGAUGCUGACCUGGCUGCCAUCCGGAUAGCCGCCGUUAAUCCCAUCCUCGACCCCUGGAUCUACAUCCUCCUCAGGAGGUCACUGUUUCGCCGGUUGCUCAGUCUGUCGAGGCGAGGUAGCAGCACCCGCAGCAGUUCCCCCAUACCAACCAUGAUAUCAACACAAAGAAAUUUGUUUUAUCCUGAAAUCAUGAAGGACAGCCAUGUGUUUACUCAGCUCAUGCGUAACACCAACAUCCUCACUCAGCUGCCUUACACCGUCAAGUUCACACGGCAGGAUGCAGAGAGCCUCCACCAGACUUAAAACACUGCAGACUGAAGAUGUUUAUGACAGUUGUGUGAAUGUUUGCUGCUUUGUUCCGCUGCAAGUAGCUUGAUGCAAGGAAACAGACUCUGUUAAAGAGCUGACAAUGUAUCUGGUCCCACAGCUGGACAGGACCCUUAAAAACUCUGAAGGGAUUAUUUAUUAAAUGAAAGUGGAGGGCUGCUCUGAUUGGAUCUGUGACGAGGAGGGCUAAUGAGGAACACGAAGUUACUUGACUCUGAUGUUUCUAUUUAAGAGAAACACUAAGACUCUGCUCAACUAAUCUAAACUCACUCCUCUGUAUGUUAAUUAAUCAGUUGGAUGUUAGGAACAGUAGACACAGCAGAUAAAUCUACACUUUCAUUCAGAGGUAGUGCUCAAACUGACCAGUGACUCCUGGGGAGUCUGUUGUUGAAAAUCAUAUUUUCAUCCAACAGAAAUUAUAGCACAUGGGACAUUGUCAGCAUAUUUUGGAUAACUGAAAAUUAUCACAACAGUUUUUUAUGUGAGCUGUCCUCAGUUACGGCUCUGUUCUUAAAAAUCUCUUCCAGAGUUAUUUUUGUGGCUGAAGAGGCAUCUGAAACACUUAUGAGCUUAUGCAUAUGAG